AUGUCGGUUCGAAUUGAUUCACAAGAUCCACAAUUAUUUGUUAGUAUGUCGUCACAAAAAGAAUCAGUUGAUGAAACAAUUUGUGAAGAUCGAGAAGAAGAGGAAGAAGAUGAAACAAAUCAUGAAGAUGAAGAUGAGGAAGAGAAAACAAAAUGUUCGACAAGAGAAUCACCAGAAGUUCCAAAUAUAAAUGUAUUUGAUAUUGAAAUGCAACAAAAAGCUAUUCAACGAUUAACAUCAACUCUUGGACUUUCAAAUCUUCGUGCUCCUGCUUUAAAUUUACCUCCAAUAUUUCAAGCAGCAUUGCAACAUGGACCAUUUAGUCUUCAGGUAAACACUGAAAAUGAAAUUACUUUUGAGAUAAUUUUGAAAAUUGAUGGAAUUUUCAAAACUAAAAAUUAGGAUUCUAAUAUUGAUGUCGAGUGAAUUGGACAUUUUUACUGUAUUUAUUAACGUUUUCGUUUUUCCAGCAACAACUUCUUGGUCUCGCCUCGGGCCUUUCUGCGAUUUCUCCGGGCGUCGAUGAUUAUGACGAAGAAAACGGAAACAACGGCGAACCCGAAGAUUUGACUCUAAGUUUCUCAAGUUUCCGCCAAAAAGAGAACAAAUCAGAUGAUACAAAUGAUUUGGGAAGUAAUCCAUCGGGUCCUGGUUGGUCUUAUGAAGAACAAUUCAAGCAGGUUUGUUCGAAAUAUUUCCAUAGAUACUACAGUAUUCUUUUUCGAAUUUUUAAUUUUCACACCUAUUGUUAUAUCUUCUUCUUUUUCUUCGUUUUCUAAUUAUUUAUGGGUAUAACACCUUGGUUAUGUACGAAUAGAAAUAAAUAACCAUUGAAGUAAAAGAAGGAAGGGAGGGUCUUGUAAAUCGAAGAUUCGUAGAUUGUAAUAUAAAAUCUCAAGUACUUUCUAUAUUUAUUUACAUAUGUUCCAAUAAUAAUAAUAAUCAAAUAUUUUUGAUAAUAAUCUGUUAACAUUAUUAUUAAAAACUAGUCGAAAUAUAACAAUGUGUAUCUUCUUCUUAAUAUUAUCAUUUUUCUUCUUCUUUUUUUCGAUCUGCGCGAGAAUUGAGUGGUGUGUUUACCAAGCCGAUUGGUUGGCUGCUCCUCCUGUUGGCUAGAUUAAUAAUGUCAAAGAAACAUACAUACGUCCCUACCACUUCUCAACUAAUCACUCUCCAAUCAAUUUUGCGACACACUCUAAAUAAACACGAAACAACGCAAAAAGAAAUAGAUUGAAAAAAUAGGGAAACGAAAUUUUGAUUGUGAUCUUGGAUCUGAAAUGCUGAAUCGGAAGAAGAUUUGAGAAAUUCUAAAAGGUUAGAUGUUUCGAAAAUGAGUAAAUGGCUUUGUGAAAAUCUCACAACUUUUGAAUCAAUAGUUAAAGACUUUGAUUUAGAAAAAAAUGGUUUAAUUUUUUCUCGAAGUUUUGUUGCUGCAUAAUUGCAAAUUCAAUUUUCUUCUCACAUCAACUUCAACUUCAAAUUCCAUUCUCAUCCACAUUUGGAGACUCAUAAAACUACAGUAAUGCAACUUAUAUUAUUAUUUUCUCAAAACAAAAAUGAAUAUUAUUUUGGCAUUUUACUCAACUUCAAAACCAUUUCCGGUUUGCACCAAACUUAUUAACUUUUUCUUUUUCUUCUUCUAUUUCUCAACUAAAAAAACUAUCCAAUUCGAAAUAAUUAGUCAAAACAUUUCUUUUUUCACAUAAUUGAAUAUUCUCGAGAAGGAACCACUCAAUUAGUUUUUAAAAAUGAGAUGAGAUAUAUUAUGAUUAUUGUAUGGGAAAAACGAAGAGGAGGGAUACUGUAGGUUGAAAAAAAGAGGAAGAAGAAAUAAUAAUAAGGCAAUCGUAAAUCAUAUAUUAUUUUAUGUGAAAUAAAAUGAGCAACAGUUGUAAAAUUAUAUAUUCUUUUUGUUUUUCGAAUUUAGAAAGAAAAAAUAUGGGAUAAACAAUAAUAAAUAUAAUUUAUUGAUUUUAUUCGAUUUUAUUACAGUUAUACGAACUUUCGGAUGAUGUUAAACGAAAAGAAUGGUUGGAUGAUUGGCUUAAUUUCAUGCAUCGAAUUGGUAAGAUUUUCAACUUUUCCGUUUCAAAAUCACCCACAAUGUGUUUUCAGGAAAACCGGUGACAAGAAUUCCAAUAAUGGCAAAACAAGUAUUGGAUUUAUAUGAAUUAUAUCGAUUAGUUGUUCAACACGGCGGUUUAGUUGAAAUAAUCAAUAAAAAAUUAUGGCGAGAAAUCACAAAAGGAUUGAAUUUACCAUCAAGUAUAACAUCAGCUGCAUUUACAUUGAGAACACAAUAUCAAAAAUAUUUAUAUGAUUAUGAAUGUGAAAAAGAGAGAUUAUCAAAUCCAGCUGAUUUACAACAAGCAAUUGAUGGAAAUCGACGAGAAGCACCUGGAAGAAGAACUGCUCCAACAUUUCCACUUCCAUUUCCAUUACCACAUUCAAAUGUUGCGAAUAAUUUAUUGAACAAACAAUUGGGAGUUUUGAGACAUGAUUUAUUGGAUGAUGAAAAUACUUUGAAUAGUUUACAAGCUUCCGGAUUAUUUUCAACUAAUUAUGGAGCUGAUCAAAUGGCGUUAAUUGAAGCACAUCAAAGACAAUUUGAACGGGCUCAAAGGUUUUUGAUUUGUAAUUUCGAAAUUUAAUUAAACUAUUUAUUUUCUAGAGCUGCUGAACAAGUUGCACGACAAAGUCUUGGUCUUGGUGUGAGCUCAUCAAAUAAUCUAGUUAAUCAAUUAUCGGGUCGUGAAUCGACAUCGAGUAUCGAUUCAGAAAUUCCAGCAAAACGUGUCAAACUUGAAAAUGAAAAUAAUCAAAAUUCGACUAACUCUGCUUCGAAAUCAACAAAUGGAGCUAUGAAAAUCACAACAAAACAAAAAGGUGGGUAAUUAGAUAAUAAAAGAUUAUUUUAAAACAUCCUGAAUUUUUCAGAUAAUUCAAUGACUGUUUCAAUGGAGAUUAAUGGUAUUGUCUAUCAAGGAGUAUUAUUUGCAUUGGAUGAAAAUGCAUCAAAAUCAGAAACAUGA